AUGUAUAUAUGUAUAUAUGUAUAUAUAUCCAAUCUGAAAUCAGACAUAUGUGCUGCCGAGCUCUCACAGGCUGGGUGGUCUGUUCUUGUGAUUGAAAAAGGAAAUUACUAUCAUGAAAGUGAAUUGACUUCACACGUACCGACUGAGUACAAGAAUAUAUAUUUACAAGGAGGAAGCUUUGCUAAUUGUAAAGGAGAUAUCAAUGUCUUUGAGGGAAGCACUUUUGGCAGUGCAACAGUUAUAAGCUUUUUAGAUAGCUUAAAAUUCUCUGAUAACCUAGACAAAGUUUACAAGCGAAUUGGUGCUACCACAGAGGGAAUCAAGCAUAUUAUACCAAAUCGAAUUCUUAUUGAUGGAUGCAACAGAAAAUCGCACGAGUAUGACUGGUGCCUUACUGGUUGCAAAGACGGUAUAAAAAAUGGCACUUCAACUUCGUGGCUUCGUACUGCUGCUCAAAAUGGCGCACAUCUUGUUGGCCAAGCCAAAUUCAACCGAGCUAUUAUCGUUGAUGGAAAUGCUACAGGAGUAGAGUUCCGAAUCAAUAAUUCAGAUCAGAUUAUUCGUCUCAAUUCAUUUCGGACUGUCAUCUCUGCUGGAUCCUUGAGAACCCAAGAAGUUCUUUUCAAGAGUGGAUUAAAAGACAAGAGCAUUGGACAAAAUCUCCGUUUUCACCCAUUGAUGGUAGCUUAUGGCUUUUUCGAUAACAGUCAGACCAACCCUUUUGAAGGAUCCAUAAUGAUUGCUAUAAGCGGCAGUAUUGAGAAUUUAUAUGGCGAGUACUAUAGAUCAAAGCUCGUCGUUCUUCAUCACACUACAGAUAUUUUUAUAUUUGGUACGUCAUGGCAAGGACAGAAGGAACACAAGGAAGCAAUACUGAAAUUCAGACAGUCCUCAUCAGUCCCAGCCCUUGUUCGGGACAAAGAUUCAAAAGAAAAUGUUGGGUACAAAAAAGAUGACAAGAUUUCGAUUUCCUACGAAAUCUCUAAGAUAGUAUUAAGAAAUAAUUCAUAUUGUCGAAUGGGUGUUUCUCCAGAUACUUCAGCUACUAAGCCAACUGGUGACACAUGGGAGACCAGAAAUUUAUAUGUGUGCAAUGCCUCACUUUUCGCGACUACAAGUGGUGUCAACCCUAUAGUUACGACAGAGCCCAUUGCUCUUCAUGUUGCAGACUCGAUUAUUCAAACAGCAAAUUUAAAUUAA